AUGUGCGACGUCCCAUUUUUCCCCAUCCUCCCCAUCUGCUUCCAAUGCGGCACCGACCAGAACCCCUGCCGCUGUAAAGUCGUCGGGCCAACCCUAGGAUUUAUCUGUACGGUUGUCGCUGCUGUGAUCUGCUACCCGGCAUCGAUCUUCUGCGGGUGUUGCUUGACGAAGACGGGCAAGGAUGUGCUGGGAUAUCCGGUCAAGGUGAAUGGGAUUGUCAGUAAUGCGAUACCGAUAUAAGUAUCAUGCUUUACUCAGUACUGGGGUUGGUUGGAGGGGUUUUCAUGAUAGAAGUGGGUGGGCAACGUUAAUCAUAAUAAAUAAUAUAUUUACUUAAACAGC